AUGUUCCUUGUCUCUGUUGUGAGGUGUUCAGCCUCUGGUGGAAAUGGAAGUGCUGCAAAGAGAACUACUCUUCACGAUCUGUAUGAGAAGGAAGGCCAGAGUCCUUGGUAUGACAAUCUUUGCCGUCCCGUCACUGAUCUUCUCCCUUUUAUUGCCCGUGGUGUUCGUGGCGUUACUAGCAACCCUGCGAUCUUCCAGAAAGCCAUCUCCACUUCAAAUGCUUAUAAUGAUCAGUUCAGGACGCUUGUGGAAUCAGGAAAGGACAUUGAAAGCGCAUACUGGGAACUUGUGGUGAAGGAUAUUCAGGAUGCCUGUAAGCUUUUUGAGCCAAUCUAUGACCAGACAGAAGCUGAGGAUGGAUAUGUCUCUGUUGAAGUCUCACCUAGGCUUGCUGAUGAUACCAAUGGCACUGUUGAAGCUUCUAAAUACCAGACAGUUACCAUUCCGGAGGGAGCCAUUGAUAUGAAGCGUAGAUAUGUUGGCCACUGUAACAUUGGAACUGAUAUUAAACAAGCCAGUUUUCUAGGCCAGAGAGGUGAAUACAUUGCGUGUGGAAGUGAUGAUGGUAGGUGGUUUAUAUGGGAGAAGCAGACGGGGAGGCUUAUGAAAGUUCUUGUUGGCGAUGAAGCAGUGCCAUCCGUUGAUAGCGUUGUAGCAACGAGUGGAAUCGAUAACACAAUAAAGAUGUGGAGUCCAAUCGCAUCAGUGCCAUCGAUUGUAGCGGGUGGAUCAGCUGGACCUGCAACAGCCAAUGUAGUGGAGGCAAUGGAGAGUAAUCAACAGAAGCUAAGCCGCAAUAGAGAGAACCCUCUGCUGAUAAUUGUCCUUUGA